UGCAAUAGGGAGGGAGAUGGGUUUGGCUCAGAAUGCAGCUGACACAGCGGGAUGGAAAAUCACUAGGAAGAGACAGGGGAGGGAUCUUCUUACCAAAAGUGGUGUAGCAGGAAUCUUGCUCAGGCAGGUGGUUUAAGGCCAUGCAUUUACCCUAGGUGGGAUGGGAGAUGAGGGACUACAUCAGACAUCUCAAGGGAGGGCUCUCUAACUGGAAUAAGACUAGGUGCAGCCAGUCAGAGCCAGGGCGGCAGCUCAGGGAAGCCUAGCUGGGAUUUGGUCAUGGAGAGCAUCUGUGUCAGCUUUCAGAGAUCCAGAGAGACACUUGUGUGUCUUACUGAGGACAAGUUGGGGUGCCCUAACAGGACCCCUUGUUCAGCUCCAUCUGCAAGAGGAUACCUCGAGUGCCCAGAGCUCUGGACAGGUAUGGCAAUAUGCUCUGUUCCUUCCUCAGGAACCAUGGAUGCCAUGGAACUUGCCAGGAAGCUACAGGAGGAGGCCACAUGCUCCAUCUGCCUUGACUACUUCACCGACCCUGUGAUGACCACCUGUGGCCACAACUUCUGCCGCGAGUGCAUCCGGCUGACCUGGGAGAGGGCCAAAGGCAAGAAAGGCAGGAGGAAGCGCAAGGGCUCCUUCCCCUGCCCCGAGUGCCGCGAGCUAUCUCCCCAGAGGAACCUGCGGCCCAACCGCCUGCUGACCAAGGUGGCCGAGAUGGCGCGGCAGCACCCCAGCUUCCAGAGCAGGGACCUGUGCAAGGUGCACCAGGAGCUGCUCAAACUCUUCUGCGAGGAUGACCAGAGCCCCAUCUGCGUGGUCUGCAGGGAGUCCCGGGACCACCGGUCCCACAGGGUGGUCCCUGUGGAGGAGGCUGUGCAGGAACACAAGCUGAAGCUGGAGGAGGACAUGGGGCACCUGCGAGAGGAGAUGGCGAAGACCCAGAAACUGCAGACCAGGGAGCAGCAGGCCUUGGCAGAGUGGCAGGAGAAGGUGAAGGAGCAAAAAAGGCGCAUUGUGAUGGAGUUUGAGAAGAUGUGUGUCCUCCUGAUGGAAGAGGAGCAGCGCCUGCUGCAGGCUCUGAGGCAGGAGGAGGAGGCCACAGCCGCCCGGCUGCGGGAGAGUGCGGCCAUGAUGGAACAGCAGAGCCGCUCCCUGGAGACACUGCUGCUGCAGCUAGAAGAUCAGAGCAUGCGCGAACCACUGCACAUGCUGCAGGAUAUGAAGGACACCCUGGGCAGGAAGAACAGCGUGAGUGUGCAGUACCCAGAGGCCACGCCCACCAUGUUGAAGACAGUCUGCAGAGUCCCGGGACAGAUAGAAGUGCUCAAGAGUUUCCAAGAAGACGUGGUGCCUGACCCCACCACGGCGUACCCCUACCUCCUGCUAUACGAGAGCCGCCAGAGGCGCUACCUGAGCACCCCGCCGGCCGGCGUGCCCUGCAGCAAGGACAGAUUCCUGGCCUACCCGUGCGCAGUGGGCUGUCAAACCUUCUCCUCGGGGCGACACUACUGGGAGGUGGGCAUGAACCUCACCGGUGAUGCGCUGUGGGCCCUGGGUGUGUGUAGGGACAAUGUCAGCCGGAAGGACAGGGUCCCCAAGUCCCCCGAAAAUGGAUUCUGGGUGGUGCAGCUGUGCAAGGGAAAGAAGUACAUGCCACCUGUGUCCACCCCGACCCCCAUCACACUGACCGAGCCUCCCAGCCAUGUGGGUGUCUUUCUGGACUUUGAGGCAGGCGAGGUAUCUUUCUAUAAUGUGAACAGUGGGUCCCACCUGCAUACCUACGCCCAGCCCACCUUCCCAGGCCCCUUGCAGCCCUUCUUCUGCCUCGGGGCCCCCAAAUCCGGCCAGAUGGUCAUCUCCACAGUGACACUGUGGGUGAAAGGAUAGGUACACAGGGGGGGGGGGUA